AAGAUCCGCGAGACCAAGGCAUGUGCACCCUCGACAUCACGUUCGAGCAGAACGUCCAGCCAUCUGGCACGAAAUCCCUCGUGCCCCACCAGAAGCAGUCACAGACCCACACGGCGAACGCCGUCUGCUUUACGCUAGUGAGCGCGGACACCUGGCACAGGAGGCUUGGACAUCUCAAUGCUCGGAGCCUGGACAUCCUUCGGAAGGACACGGGUACCGGGGUGGACUAUCGCGACAGUCUCUCCCCUUGCGGGGUCUGCCAGAUCGCGAAACACAAGCAGUCCCCCCACCCGAAGCAAUCGACUCGCGAACUAUCACGGCCUGGACAGCUUGUGGUCAUCGACAACAUGGGGCCUGUUAAUCCACCUGCCAAAUAUAAAGGAGGCUCCUUCCCGUACGCGUGCAAGAUCACCGACGACUACACGAAGAUGAAAGAAGUGUACCUGCUUCGCAAGAAAUCUGACACGACCGAGGCGGUGCACACGUACAACAUGUGCGUCGCAGCGGCAGGAGGCUACCGGAUCGAGACCAUCCGCUGCGACAAGGGAGGCGAGAACACCGGAUCCGAAUUUCGGGACUACUGCAAGAAUUCAGCUAUCAAGCUCGAAUACGCCGCCACCAACACCCCUCAACAAAUUGGUGUAUCGGAAGGGGACGGACAAACCCUGGCCGGAGUCACCCGGUGUCUUCUGAAGGAUGGAGAUUUUCCGCCGUCCAUGUAGGGGGAGUUAAAGCUGACUGCAGCAUACCUGUUGAAAAGGUCCCCACACUCAGCACUGGGAGGAGCUACGCCAUACUCGA